AGAGAGAGAGAGAGAGAGAGAGAGAGAGAGAGAGAGAGGGAGUCGAAAACGAAUUUCGAAAUUUCGACGUUGAACAGAAAUGUCAUUCUCGCGACGAUUGUAUCGAGCUUGUCCAACGUAGCUGAAAAAUCGGAGGAAAUAUUAUUAUAUCGUUCAUUUUGCCGCGUUCUAUGCGAGUUGCCCGUUAAGCGGGUAAACGUUCGCAGUCUAAUUAUCGCAAAUAUGGACCAUUGUUACGUUAUUGUACGCGUUUAUAGGUUCGGCGAUAGUCGACAAGGUUCAACGUUUUGUUCCGCGGUAAUAUUCACGGCCGAGAAGGUUUAUUCGUUUGCGAGCGGAGCGGAAGCCUGCCCGGAAUGUAAUUCGAUACAGUUGCCGUGAAAUUGUGGAGUAUGUUGAACGAAAGGGGUAAAUAACGAAGCGAAAGGGGUUGGAGCGGAAGGAAUCCGGUCACCCGGGGACACCGAGAAACCCCUCCCAGCAUUCCGUGUCUUAUGUGACCUGAGCGAACGCUUUCUUUAUCUCCUAGACAGGUCAAUGAUAAGGCCAGUCAUAAGUUUCAGAGAUUAUAGAAGUUUCCCCCCCCUUAUCUUGAUUCAGAAGAAUAAUGCAGGAUGUUCCAUCUUGCUCUAUUACUAGGAAGAAAUUUCUGCUCCUGGUUUUUUGGCGGAAUUUCGGUAGCGUAACCACUCUCACGAAGUUCGUGUAAAAUAUUGUUCCACUAAAGUUUUCUACUAUGUCAUAUACAGUUAUUUAUAUUCGAUCUUUAUCUUGGGACAAGAUAGGGAAUCAUUAUUACUGCAAUAAAAUUGUUCAUUCUAUCUCACAGUUGCAAAUGUACGCACAAAACUACGCACACGAAGGGAAGUAAACUUUGUUAGUGUAAAUUCCAAGCAUAGUCGUAAACAGUGUAGAAGAUAGGCCGAAGAAGGAAGGGAGAAAAGUGCAUAAAGAAAUUCACCGGUGAUCACUGCAAAUUUAAAGAAAUAUUCUUUUUGUCGAAUUUUUAAGAUUGCUGUCCGUUACAGUGUAACGAUAAGCAAUUGUCAUGUCGGAAUGAAACAAAUUCGACAUACGAGAGUUAAGAACAAUGGAGGGGGCUGAAAUAAAAAAUCGUGAAAUAUGCAAGGGGUGAAAAAGGUAUCCGGAAACUUAUCCCGGAAAUAGUCAGCCAAUCGAGUUCCGUUACGAGCGACCAUCCCGCCCGGCGAGACGUCUGCGACGAUUCGAAUUCCUAGGGAGUGGUCCUCCGACUUUGCCCUCUUCCCAGCCAAACAACCCUCGAAUCAACCGACGGUAUCAAGAGUUCCGCGUGCGCGAACGACACACGCCGCAUCCAAUGAAUAAAUUAGCACGGUCUCGGAUUCAAAGGCCGGCUAGCAGGACCCAGUCCUCGUUCCUCUCUCCUUUCAGCCCUCUGCCGUUUCCUCGCCCCUAUCGAGUCUCCUUCAGUGAGCGAGAAAAUGCGUCUUUAACACUUCGUCUACCGGAGAAUAUUAAACACUCCCUUAGAAAUUAACAAUUGCCAGCUGAAGGUUUCUUAAUUUUCAAACGGUUACAACUGUUAGAACUAUAGAAAUUUAGCGAGUCACCUCGGGAAACGUAAUUUGGUAGUUCUUUUUGAUAUUGUUAUUUAAUCCUUUUCACAGGACUUUGGGAAAUAUUACAAAUUCUUCAUUUGCCUAGUUAAAUUGCAUAAUUUGUAAGUACUAGAGAAGUAGAACUGUUAGAUGUAAUGAUUAACUAUAAACAUUUUGAAAUUAACCUUCAACUAUAAAUAUUAGAAUAUUAUAAAAUUUCAUCGAAAAGAUUCAAUAUUCAUCGGAAGGUUAACAGAAGAUUUUUAAUCGGCUUUUUCAUUGCCACAGUCAUUGCGGAGGUUAUUUAUAGUCUUCCGGUAGGGAAAGCGUUAAUCGCGGUGCUAAUUGAACGUCAGACAAUCGAAAGGUUGCGAAAAGAGUCGCGGCAGCGUGUAUGCAACUAAAAGCACGGCGGUGAACGGGAAAGGCGGUGGCGGGAGGAAGCAAGACAAGAAGAGAAUCAGUUCGACAGGGAUCGAGAAGCGAUCCGUGUGUCGGCGAAGCUUCGCCUCGCAUCUCUUGCAAUAUAGACAACGAUCGGCGUGUUUUUUUAAUAUUAUGCAACCCGUUUGGUUCCGCUUGACACCUUCAGUGCCAUCCCGUCGACGUUAAUUUAAUAUUAGCUAGUAGUGGUUAGCUCUUACUCCUGGCAGCGUCAUCGUUCGAGGACGCUUCUCGCAAGGAGCCGCGCUUUUCGUAAGUGACUGCGACGCGAGCGCGCGUGUUCAUUGGAAGUGAUGCUCGUCUGCGAGUGAUCUUUAAUCCUUUCGAUUUCUAUCGUUGCUUCUGCACCGACGUGCUCGAAGUUUGCCGAGGAACCGAAGGAAGUAUCCGGGAAUGUUCUCUACGGUGAGCGGGAAGCAGCAAGUAUGCCUGCUGUUCUUCGUCCAAGUCGUCCUAAUUGUGCUAAUGGGCGCGCUGAUGACAUAUGGUCCGGAGGCGAACGCUAAGUUGCUGAAAAAUUACGCAGGUAACCACGAGGAAGAGGACCCGCUGCGAAUUUAUCCGAUGUAUCAAGAUGUCCACGUGAUGAUCUGGAUCGGAUUCGGCUUCCUGAUGACGUUCCUCAAGAGGUACGGCCAGAGCGCCAUUGGCCUGACGUUCCUGGUAGGCGCAAUCCUGGUGCAGGUCGCUCUAGUUUGCGAGGGAGUGAUGGAGAUCGAGAGGGACAACAAGGCUCAUCUGUCUUUGGAAAGCCUCCUGAGCGCGGACGUUGCAGUGGCCGCGCCGUUGAUAUCCAUGGGCGCCCUCCUCGGUAAGACGACCUACAUACAGCUCGUGUUCAUGGGUAUCCUCGAGCUGAUCAUGUUCACCGUGAACAAGUACGUCGGCAACCAUAUACUCAUGGCGGUCGACGCCGGUGACAGUAUGUUCGUCCACGCUUUCGGCGCGUACUUCGGACUAGCGGUCAGCUUCGUGAUGGGGAUGAAGGAGAAGCCGAAGGAACACCACCUCGAAGGGCCGUCCUAUAAUUCGGACAUCUUCGCGAUGAUCGGCACGGUGUUCCUGUGGCUCUUCUGGCCGUCAUUUAACAGCGCGAGCCAGCAAGGAGACGACCAACAGAGGGCCAUUAUAAACACCCUCCUCUCGAUCUCGGCCAGCUGCGUGAUCGCGUUCGCUGCUUCGGCCCUGGUCUCGAAGGACAGCAAAUUCAACAUGGUCCAUAUACAGAACUCGACCCUCGCCGGUGGUGUGGCCAUCGGCACCGCGGCAGGCAUGAUGUGCGAACCAGUGGGCGCCUUGGUCGUGGGAUCGUUGGCAGGACUGCUCAGCGUGCUUGGAUACAAAUACCUCACGCCGAUGAUACAGAAGCAUCUCCGCAUACACGACACGUGCGGUGUCCAUAACCUGCACGGGAUGCCGGGCGUCCUGGCCGGCAUUUUCGGCGCGCUGAUGGCUGGCUUGGCCACGGAAGCCUCUUACGAUUAUUCCCUUUACGAGAUCUUUCCAGCGAGAGCGCCGAGCUCCGACGCAAAGGUAGCCGAGAUGAGAGACAAUUAUGGUAUACGGCCUGGUCAGAAUAGAACGGCGGCACAACAGGCUGGUUAUCAAUUAUUAGCACUAGCGAUUACUCUGGGAAUUGCGAUUGUAUCAGGAUUAGUGACAGGCUUAAUAAUGCGUUUAUCGGUAUGCGGCUCGAUAUCUGAAGAACAGAAGUUCGACGACGAGGCGCAUUGGGAGCUAGAAGAAGAGUCAUCGCACGAAUCGACAGUCAAAGAUGGAAACAACUCCGGUGAUCAGUUGCCGAUGGCUACAAUCUGAAUGCAGAUGUUUUUAUUAACUGCAUAAGAAGCGGAAGUCUGUUCUUUGUUCAUAAAAUGUUUUGCAACUCGCCAGGCAGUUAUACAAUACCAUUUUUCGUUGAAUUGUGCAAUAUAUUUUAUCUUCGUGCGAAGGACAGCCCAAUAGAUGCGCGCGAUCAACAGGUAGCACCGGGGCAAACAAGCGGGGGUGGCGAUAAUAUAGGAAACAACACGUCUAAAAACGAAAACACUUGAGACCAAUACAUACAUCGACAAAUACACGUAAUCGUUUACCGGGAAAGCAACAUGCAACAGACUACAACGUUCUGUACAAUGUUUUUAUUGACAUUAUUUAUAUUUUUUAGAAAACUUUCUAUAAAUUUAUACAGUAAAUAAUUUGUAACAUAAACAGAUUCGAUGUAAUAUAAUGUACGAAUGCAUCUGGAAAUUGCACAACGGAGUUUGCCAGAUCGUCAAGCUUUUGUUACGCGUGUAUGAUGUGUCUAUGAGUGUACGAAUGUUUCUUAGUUUCAAUUGAAGUGUGUAAUCGCCAAGGCAUCAAGAACAAUAAAUCUCUCGACAUGAUCGCAUGUUUUAAAUUUCUGUAUAUCGUCUUAAUAAUAAUAAUGUUCAUAAUAAUGAUAGUAGCAAUAAAU